UAUAUAUUUCGCUUCGCACUAUCUAGCUCCCUGUUUUGGGGUUUCUGGCUCUGGUAAUUCUCUCUACACAAAAAAAAACUCUACACGAAAACCCUAAUUCUUCGACGCCCUAACAUUUGACGGGUUUCGUUUUGCUGCUUCAGUAAUGGCGGAUGACGACUACAAUGAAAUGGAUAUGGGAUAUGAGGAGGAACCACCAGAACCCGAGCUUGAGGAGGGAGCAGAAGAAGAAGUAGAGAAUAAUGAGGAAGAUCCUGAUGCUUUUGUGGGCCCUGAACCCGAAACAAAAGAAGAUGAGGAGCCACGUACUGAUAGGCCUCGGAAGACAUCAAAGUACAUGACAAAAUAUGAGCGUGCAAGAAUCUUGGGCACACGUGCCCUCCAAAUCAGCAUGAAUGCUCCUGUUAUGGUCGAAUUGGAAGGCGAGACAGAUCCAUUGGAGGAGCUUCGGGAGCGGAAAAUUCCUUUCACCAUCCGCCGCUACCUACCUGAUGGAAGCUAUGAAGAUUGGGGGGUGGAUGAGCUUAUUGUCGAGGACUCGUGGAAACGACAAGUUGGGGGUGAUUAGUGGAAAAUCCAUGGUCAGUUUUUGGUUUGGAACUGUAAAAUUCGUGUCGUUGAUAUCAUUUCUGAUGCGGUUUGAGACUGAACAUGUAGUAGCUGAUAUAGUUUCAAAAAAACAUGUAGUAGCUGAUAUAGAAACUAUCUCGAAGUCAUUUAGUAGCUGAUAUAGAAACUAUCUCGAAGUCAUGUAGUAGCUGAUAUAGAAACUAUCUCAAAGUGCCCUCUCUAAAACCAGUAUCUCUACCUUGUAUAUAAGAUCCAUCUUUUGGGAACUAUAGCCCACACAAUUUGGUGGACCUCAGAAGUGUGGAUGUUUGUUGGCUGGUAAGACACUCUCUCUCUGAACUUUGGCAACUGAUAAAAUACACGCACAGUCUCUGAAGUUUGUUAGCUGAUAAAGCUCUCACUCCCUCUCUCUGUUAGCUGAUAAAGCUCUCCCCGUGAAGUUUGUAACUGAUACAACACAAUUUCUGAAGUUUGUUAGCGGAUAAAUCUGUUUUCACCGUGAGUUUGUUAACUGA